CGUCGGCCCGGCCCGGCCCGGAGCGGCGCCAUGGACUGCUACACGGCCAACUGGAACCCUCUGGGCGAGGAGGCCUUCUACCGGCGCUUCGAGCUCUACGCCAUGGAGUGGGGCGUCAAGGAGGAGCUGCGCGAGUGCCUGCUGGCGGCCGCCCCGUACGGGGGGCCCAUCGCGCUGCUCCGCAACGGCGCCCGCAAGGAGCGCUCCCCGGGCGCCCGCCCGCGCCUUGAGAUCUACUCGGCCUCGGGGCUGCUCCUGGCCGCCAUCCCGUGGAAGAGCGGCCAGCUGGUGCACCUGGGCUGGACGGCGAGCGAGGAGCUGCUCUGCAUCCAGGAGGACGGCACCGUGCUCGUCUACAGCCUCUUCUGCGAGUUCAGGCGCCACUUCAGCAUGGGCAACGAGGUGCUGCAGAACCGCGUGCUGGAGGCGCAGGUCUUCCACACGGAGUACGGCAGCGGCGUGGCCAUCCUCACGGGCGCGCACCGCUUCUCGCUCGCCGCCAACGUGGACGACCUCAAGCUGCGGCGCAUGCCCGAGGUGCCAGGUCUGCACCAGCCGCCCUCUUGUUGGGCCGUGCUGUCCCAGGACAGGGUGACCGUGGUGCUGCUGGCCGCCGGGCAGGACCUCUUCCUGCUGGACAACACGGCCUGCUCCGUGGUGACGCCCCCCGGCAUGAGCCCCGGCGCCGGCGCCUACCUGCGCAUGGCCGUGUCCUUCAACUACCGCUGCCUGGCGCUCUUCACCGACAGCGGCUACGUCUGGAUGGGGCUGGCCACGCUCAAGGAGAAGCUCUGCGAGUUCAACAGCAGCAUCCGCUCCCCGCCGCGGCAGAUGGUUUGGUGCACGCGGCCCCGCAGCCGCCAGCGCGCGCUGCUCCUGGCCUGGGAGCGCCUGCUCGUGGUGGCGGGCAGCUCCACGGAGAGCAUCCAGUUUGUCCUGGACGAGGACUCCUACCUGGUGCCGGAGCUGGACGGGGUCCGCAUCCUGUCGCGCAGCUCGCACGAGUUCCUGCACGAGGUGCCAGAGGCCAGCCAGGAGAUCUUCAAAAUCGCCUCCAUGGCGCCGGGCGCUCUGCUGCUGGAGGCGCAGAAGGAAUACGAGAAGGAGAGCCAGAAGGCGGACGAGUACCUGCGGGAGAUCAAGGAGCAGAAGCUGCUGCCCGAGGCCGUGAGCCAGUGCAUUGAGGCUGCCGGCUACGAGCACGAGCCCGAGACGCAGAAGUCGCUGCUGAGGGCCGCCUCCUUCGGCAAGUGCUUCAUCGACAAGUUCCCCCCGGAGAGCUUCGUGCGCAUGUGCCAGGAUCUGCGGGUGCUCAACGCCAUCCGCGACUACCAGAUCGGCAUCCCCCUCACCUUCACGCAAUACAAGCGGCUCACCAUUGAGGUGCUGCUGGACAGGCUGGUGCUGCGGCGCCUCUACCCGCUGGCCAUCCGCAUCUGCGAGUACCUGCGGCUGCCCGAGAUGCAGGGCGUCAGCCGCAUCCUCGCGCACUGGGCCUGCUACAAGGUGCAGCAGAAGGACAAGUCGGACGAGGAGGUGGCCCACGCCAUCAACCAGAAGCUUGGGGACACCCCGGGCAUCUCCUACUCUGAGAUUGCUGCCCGGGCCUACGACUGCGGCAGGACGGAGCUAGCCAUCAAGCUGCUGGAGUACGAGCCGCGCUCCGGGGAGCAGGUCCCGCUGCUGCUCAAGAUGAAGCGCAGCAAGCUGGCCCUGAGCAAAGCCAUCGAGAGCGGGGACACCGACCUGGUCUACACGGUCGUGCUCCACCUGAAGAACGAGCUGAAUCGCGGCACCUUCUUCAUGACGCUGCAGAACCAGCCGGUGGCCCUGAGCCUGUACCGCCAGUUCUGCAAGCACCAGGAGCGGGAGACGCUGAAGGACCUGUACAACCAGGACGACAAUCACCAGGAGCUCGGCAACUUCCACGUCCACUCCAGCUACGCCGAGAAGCGCAUCGAGGGCAGGGUGGGCGCUCUGCAGAACGCCCAGGACGCCUACUACAAAGCCAAGAACGAGUUUGCUGCCAAGGCCACCGAGGACCAGGUGAAGCUGCUGCGGCUGCAGCGGCACCUCCAGGAGGACUUGGACAAGCCCUACGUCGACCUCUCGCUGCACGACACCGUGUCCAACCUCAUCCUGGACGGCCACCACAAGCGUGCCGAGCAGCUCUACCGCGACUUCAAGAUCCCCGACAAGCGGUACUGGUGGCUGAAGCUCAGCGCCCUGGCCACCCGCGGGGACUGGGAGGAGAUGGAGAAGUUCUCCAAGAGCAAGAAAUCUCCCAUCGGAUACCUGCCCUUCGUGGAGAUCUCGGUGAAGCACCACAACCGCUACGAGGCCAAGAAGUACGCGGCGCGCGUGGCCCCCGAGCAGCGCGUCAAGGCCCUCCUGCUGGUGGGGGACCUGGAGCAGGCGGCCGACGCCGCCAUCGAGCACCGCAGCGAGAGCGAGCUGAGCCUGGUGCUGGCGCGGUGCGGGCCGGGCACCGACGGCGCCCUGCUCGAGCGGCUGGCGCGCGCCCGCGCACAGCUCGCCAAGAAGUGACACCCGCCGCGCCGCAGCGUGUGACACCUGCCGCUCGGGGACAAGUGACACCCGUCGCC